AUGGAGAAAUACAGGUGCAAACUCUGCUUGAGAAAUUUUGCUAAUGGAAAAGCACUUGGAGGGCACAUGAGAUCUCACAUGAUGAAAUUUUAUGCAGCAAAAAAACAGAAGAAAGUGCGGACUUUUGAAAAGGAUUCUCAACCGUCUGAUGAUUUUCAAUUGUCUUCAUCAACAUCAGAAGAAGAAGAAGAAAAUGGAGAAAAGGAAGUAUUAUGUUAUGGGUUGAGAGAAAAUCCCAAAAAAAGUAUCCGUUUUGUAGAUCCCGGGUUCAUAUUUGCAUCGAGCUCUGUUGUGCUUCAUGACAGAGAGAGUGAAACAGAGUCGAUCCCGAACCCGAUUUUCACGCGUUCUAAAAGGAUUAGGAAAACAAGAAUUUCUGUGAAGGAAACAGAGAUGAUGAAAAAAUCCAAGUUUGAAAAGGGAGAAAAUACUAGUAAUGAGUUUUCUGAUCAACCUUUGAGUUCAAUUUCAGACACACCAGAAGAAGAUGUUGCUUAUUGCUUGAUGAUGCUGUCUAGAGAUACCUGGAAGAGAGAACAAUAUGAAUAUGAAGAAGAAGAAGAAGAACAUAGAGAGAGAAACAAGUAUGAAGAUGAUGAUUAUUCCGAGGAUUCUGGUGCAGUUGAGGUGGCUAAGAGUACUAAAGUUGGAGGAAAAUACAGAUGUGAAACAUGUAACAGAGUAUUCGGGUCAUAUCAGGCUCUUGGGGGGCACAGGGCAAAUCACAAGAAGAAUAAAGUCAACAUAAAGGCGGAGACACCACCGCGAAUGGUGGUGGAAACAGGGAAAAAUUGUGGUUCAAUCCAAGUGGUGGAGAAGAUACACGAGUGUCCUAUUUGUUUCAGAGUUUUUUCAUCAGGGCAAGCUCUUGGUGGGCACAAGAGAUCACAUUUUACUGGUGGAGGAGCAAUUUCAGCAAAUGUGAUUUCUAUUAAUACUACUACUCCUCCUCCUGCUAUACCAUUUUCAAGAAUAGGUGAAAGUUUGAAUAUAGAUCUCAAUCUCCCUGCUCCAGUUGAACAUGAUGAUGAGAUUAGCCAAAUCGUGAAUUUUGCUUAA